CACAGUAGCUUUAUCCCGCGUAAUUUGCGAUAUGAGUGAUCUAGAAAAUCAAUGUAAACUUUUAUUUGGUUCACUUGAUCUAUAUAAAAUUUUUGAGAUUAAUAAAAAGUCUAAGCCAAAUGAAAUUAAAAAAGCUUACUAUCAAUUGUCACUAAAAUACCACCCAGAUAAAAUAAGUGAUAUAAGGUCAUCCCAAAAAGCUACAUCCAAAUUUCAAAUAUUAUCAAAAAUAUAUUCAAUAUUAAGUGAUACAGAAAAAAGAAAAAUAUAUGAUGAAACUGGUAUAUUAAAUGAUGAAAAUAUAAGUUUUAGUAAAGAUGAAGAUUGGAUCUCUUAUUGGAGGCAACUCUUUAAAAAAAUCUCUUUAGAUGAUAUUAAAAAAUUUGAAGUAAAUUUUCAAGGCUCUGAACAAGAACGAUUGGAUGUAAUAGAUGCUUACAAAAAAUGUAAAGGAGAAAUGCAAUGUAUUUUGGAAAAUGUUAUGUGUGCAAAAGCUACAGAUGACAAUGAUGAAACAAGAUUUAGGGCUAUAAUUGAUGAAGAAAUAGCCAAUAAAAAUUUAACUUGCUACAAAGUUUAUAAAUAUGAAACCCCUUCCAAAAAAUCUAAAAGGAAAAGAAAGGCCAAAAAAGAGGCUAAAGAAGCAGAAGCUUAUGGCAAAAAAUUGGGUCUAGAUAAUUUAAAAUCCGAAUCGUUGGUAGCAUUGAUAAAUCAAAGACAAAAAACAAGGGAACAUGACAUGAAUGAUUUAUUUCAAAGUUUAGAAAAUAAAUAUUGCAAAGGAAAGUUAAAAAUUAAGAAAUAAUUUAUUUUACAAUAAUGGUUUAUUUAAUUUAUUUUGCACCCAAUUUAAAAAA